AUGUCUCUUUUAUAUAUUAUAUUUAUUAUAUAUCUUGGUCAAGUUUCGUCGGAUUUAAUCUUGUCGGAAUAUGAACAAUGUAAUGCAUCAUUAGGUAUGGAGUCUGGCUUGAUUGCUGAUAGCGAUUUGACCUCGAGUUCAACACAUGAUGUGAGCAGUGUUGGCCCUCAAAUGGCAAGGAUUCGAACUGAAUUAGAAGGAGGAGCAUGGUGUCCAGAUAAACCUAUUGGUUCAAAAUCAUAUGAAUACAUUCAAAUAGAAUUACAUAAAUUAUUUUUUAUAAAUGCUAUUGAAACACAAGGUCGAUUUGAUAAUGGACAAGGAAAUGAAUAUGCUGAAUAUUAUCAAAUUCAAUAUCAACGAGAAAAUAAUUCAUCUUCUUGGAUAAAUUAUUAUGAUAAAAAAACAAAUAAAACUAUUAUCAAAGGAAAUAUAAAUACAUAUUCACCAGAAAAACGUUUUCUUUCAGCACCAAUCAUAGCUAAUCGUAUUCGUAUUAUACCACAUAGCUCACGUUGGCGAACUAUUUGUAUGCGACUUGAACUUUAUGGAUGUCCAUUCUAUGGUGGUAUUAUAUCAUAUAUAACUUCACCAAGUAUAGAUAAAGAUAAUAUAUAUGAUGGUGGAUUAGGAAAAUUAAGUGAUGGUAUUAUUGGAAGUGAUGAAAAUACUUGGAUUGCUUGGAAUAAAUCACCUAUUUCAAUUCAAUUUAAUUUUGAUACAUUUCGUCAAUUUAAAAUUAUUCGAAUUUAUUCAAUGAAUAAUAAAUAUCGUUCAAUUCAAAUUAAAUUUGAUAAUAAUCCACCAAUAAUACAUAAAAUAUCAUCAAUAUCAACAUUAUUAUCAACUGUAUUUGUUGAUACAAUACAAUUAAUUGAUUAUAAUACAAUAACAAUUGCAAAAAAAAUUGAAAUUUUAUUCGAAUUUGAUAAUGAAUUUUUAUUUUUAACUGAAAUUAAAUUUGAAAAUGAACCAACAAUGAUUGUUGAUACAACAGUGACAAGUAUUACGACAACUACUUGUGAAACACCAUGUCUAGUAUCUCAUAAUAAUUUAACAUUAAUAUCAUCAUCAUCACCACCAUUAUCAUCAUCGUCAUCGUCAAUCUAUACAUUCGAAUGGUUAACAAUAUUAAUAAUAUCAAUAUUAUGUCUUUGUUUUCUUCUUCUGUUUAUUCUUAUUAUACUUCGUAUUCGUCAUCGUUAUUUACAUAAAAAAGCAAAUCUUUAUUAUAAAUGUUCUCAAUUAAUAAAUUCAACAAAUGAUUCAUCAACUGAAAAAAGUCAAAAUCAAACACUUCGAAAAAAUAAUUAUGAUGAUAUUAAACCUAUUGAUUCAUAUCUUUAUCCAAUAACUUCAACAUCAUCAUUAUUACAUCCAAGUUCACCAUCAUCAUUAUUAAAAAGUGAACAAUAUGCUGUUAUCGAUGGAAAUACUUAUUCACAUUUACCAUCGAAUAAUACAUUUCAUUAUGCUUCAUUAGAUAUUGGACAAAUACCUACGAAAAUGGUUGAUCUAUUUAAUUGUAUUGCAUUACAAGAAACUACUCCAUCGAAAUGUAAUGAUUCAUUUCCCUCAUGUAUUGAUGAAUCAAAAUUAUUUACAUUAUGUAAAAUUGCUGAAUCAAAAUACGGAGAAAUUAUACUUGGAAAAUAUGCAUCAAAACCUGUUUUGAUAAAAAUAAUUAAAAAAAAUUUCGUUAACCCAAUGCGACAAGAAUUUUUAUCAGAAUUAAAUAUUUUAUCUCGUUUAAAUCAUUCUAAUAUUGCAUGUUUAUGUGCAAUACAACUUGAUUUACUUUGUCUUAUACAAGAACAUUCAGAUUUUGGUACUUUACAAAAUUAUUUUCGUACACAAGUUAAUGAUGUAACAUUUCAAAAAAAGAAUAUUUAUUUUUCUCAUCAAUUAUCAAAUGCGUUGGAAUAUUUAUCUGAUUUAAAUAUAAUUCAUAGUGAUAUUGCAACAAGAAAUUGUCUCUUUUUUCCUGAUUAUACAAUUAAAUUAACAGAUUGUGCAAUUGCUUUAUCACAAUAUGAAAAAGAAUAUUGGUUAUGUGCUCAUGGAGAAAAAAUACCACUUAGAUGGAUUGCUCCAGAAGCUUUAAUAAAUAAUGCAACAUUAAAAUCUGAUAUUUAUUCAUUUGCUAUAACAUUAUGGGAAUUUUGGUCUCGAUGUUCAAAUUUACCACAUAUGACAUUAACAAAUGAAGAUUUUUAUCAAUAUUUAAUUAUGCGACAAUCAUCACAUAAUGCAGAUAAUUCUAAUGUAUCGAUAUUUCGUUUAUCACAACCAACUGAUUGUCCAAAAGAAAUCUAUGAUUUAUUAUGUGAAUGUUGGCAUAUUGAUGGAACUAAACGUCCAAAUAUAUCGGAUAUUGCACUUUAUUUUCGACGUCAAAUAAAUAUAUCAUAA